GAUUGACCGAUUUCCAAUCAGGUCGCCGCCGCGCUUGUCCAACUGGCGGGAUGGCGACAGUCGUCGUGGAUGCGGCAAACGUAGCGACGGUCUCGGGUGGGAACCUCCGCGUACAAAGACUGGAAGCUGCGCUAGACUACUUUCAACGGCGCAACGUACGCUGUAUUGCGUUCGCGCCCCGGUACUGGAUCGACGGCAACACAGUGUUCAACGACGAAGAGAGCAAGAAAGUGCUGCAAAGCCUCGUCAACAACGACACACUUGUCCUCACACCUCCUCAAGCGCACGACGACUUUUAUGUCAUUGACUACGCCACCAAGUAUGACGGGUAUGUCGUCUCAAACGACAUGUUUCGCGAUCACGUCAUGCACAAGCGCCGGUUCAACGGCCACACGCUCACGGUCGACUGGGUGAAGGCUCGGUGCAUCGAUUUUACGUUUGUAGGUCUUGAGUUCCUCCCGAAUUCGCAGCUCAUGGACAAAGUGCUGCAUCACGUGCCUCGUGCGAUUGAUCCCGCCAUUGCAUCGUCCACAUCGAUCAGUCCAUCGGCACAUUCCCAAAACUCGUCCAUUCAAGUUGUGCCAUCUUCAUCUAUGGGUCGUUUGGCCGACAUGGCGACCGAAGAUGGUGACGUUGACAUGGGCGGAGGCCAUCACGACGUCUGUUUCAACGCUAAACGAGUAGUUGACAUGUCGGAAGCCGUCUACAUCGACGUCCCGAUGCCGAUUGUGACCCUCCUCCACGACAACGACGAUGCAGGUUUGAAAUACUUCCAGGAGCUUUCUGGAACAUACAUGCAACUCCCACGGGCCGUGCCUCUCGGGAAAGACACCACGAAGCUCAGUAUCCACGGAAGUCGAGAAGCGUGUGAGCGAGCGAUGCACGCUGUCCAUUCAUUUCUGCUUGAAUACUUCCACCAACACAACCACGUGCAGCAACCCACUGCGCAAGUGCCGCUACAACCAUCGAGUCAACCAACCUGCCCGCCACAGCUCCCCCACCAGCAUCCAUACUACACGAUGAAAUAACAAGUUCGUUUGAUGCGAUGCCCGUGUCAUUUCCA